AGGUGGUCCUCAACAAAGCUGCAAAAGAAGGCCGACCUCGUCUAUUACUCAUUGAGGUGUGAGAGUUGAUGGGAUACAGUGAAAAAAAUUGUGGCCAUCAUGGACCGGUGUUCAGCCUGCUCAAGAGAAUGGACAUGGAAGGAGUGUCUCCCACCAACCUUGUGGAGUACGACGAUCUCAUUGCAAGGAGAUUGACAAAUGUCGUACUCACGAAGAAGGAGCGCGAAGACGUGAUGGCGAAGGUGAAGGACCGCGUGCAGAUGAUGCGGCAGCCGGCACAUGCAGCUGCCUUUCUUUUGGAUCCACGAAGGAGAACCUGGCUGGCUCAACGAUCCAGACAGUGCACUCGUGCAAGAUGCAAUGCGUUUCUUGCUGAGGCGGAUUGGAGGGACGUGGGAUUUUCAAAACACAUUGACAUGUGGGGGCAUCUGUAUGAGUUCUUGAGAGAGCCUGUGGAAGGUGAAGUCAGGAAAGAUAAGCAUAUGUGGACCCCUCUUGCUAGAACGACAGCCACAGAACGUGUUCCGGUGGAUUGGUGGUCGUUGCAUGGUGGAGAUGUUCCGAAUUUGCAGGCAAUCACCAUCAGAGUGCUGGGAAUGUGGAGCAUAGCAACAUCUGCGGAGCGAAACUCGGCAUCGAUGGACUUCGUCCACUCAAAGAGGAACAGCCUCUCACCGGCGUCCUUGAAAAAACUUGUGUACAUUCAUUGGAACAUGCAGUUGCUUCGUGUUCGAAUGAGCGAGGACAAUGGCUACGUGGAUGUAUGGGGAUCCUUCUUUGAGCCAUUGAUGGAGCCAACAGAGGAGGACCAAUCUCUCGACGAUGGCACAACAGAGAAGACGGUGGACGAAGGGGAGGAGGAAAAGAGGCAAAAGAGGCUGAAGAAGGCUCCGAAAGGACGGAUUCCCCGCGACCUGUUGGAUGAAGACUCAAGCGGGAGCAGCGAGCUUGAGGAUCUAAUAUGGAAGGGGAAAUGUUGGAAUGAGUCUACUUCGAAAGAGAGCAGUGGCGAGGAUGAUAUUGGUGAGGACUCUGACUUCGAGUUGGGGUUGUGCCAACGGUGCCAGCCACUGCUUACGUCGGUCGGAUGCGCGGGAGGCGAGAGAAGGAGACAGAGGUGCAAUCUUCAGAACCCGUGGAGAGAGUUGACACAGACAUCGAGUUCUUGAUGCACCGUGUCCUUGAUGGUGACCGUGAUGCGAACGAGGACGAAGCAGAUCGGACAAAGGCUAUGGCGGAUAGAGAUGCUGCCCUUGUUCAGAUGCGGAUGCUUGAGGAGGAGGCUCGGCAUGCUGCUAUCCCCACCAGGAGGGAGAGAGAGAGACAAAGCAAACAGAUCAGCGAGCCGGAGGAGCAUCAGGAAGAAAAAGAUCAGCAGUAAGAAAAUGAAAAUAUGCAGCAAGA